UUUGAAAAUUACUAUUUUUAAAUAAUGGAAUUAGUUACUAUAUUUCUGAUGGUAACCCUAAUUGUGUUCAUUGCCACACUUAUUCGUUCGAUGCGUCAAACUGGUUUUAAAAUUAAUGAAAAUAACUCACUCAACCAAAUGCUAACCGAGAAGUGCACUGUUUGUAAGAAACGCGAAAGAUAUCGAGUAAAUGAUCAAAAUGAUGAAAUUGAAAACAGAAAAGCGAACCAAAACCUGGAAGUAAAGUUUAUUGGAAGCCUAAAUGAGACUGAUUCAGAGACGAUGGAAGAGGAAGAUAAUUGUAGUAGAACUGAAUACGAAGAGGAAGAGAGAGAAAGUGAAGAGGAGGUUGAAGAUGAUUGUGGAGAAGACGCUGAGGAGGUGUUUGUGGAACACGAGCUACAAGAGAGGGAACUGGAGGAGACAAUGGAGGAUGAAGAGAGUAGUAGUAGAACUGAAUACGAAGAGAAAGAGAGAGAAAGUGAAGAGGAGGUUGAAGAUGAUUGUGGAGAAGACGCUGAGGAGGUGUUUGUGGAACACGAGCGACAAGAGAGAGAACUGGAGGAGCUGGAAGUAUUGAGGGUCCGCCACAAGAACGCUGGGAGGAGAUCGGUGGAGCGAAAGCGUGGAGGGUUGGAGGGUUUGGAGGGGUUGGAGGAGGAGUGGUGUGACAUUGAAGUGACCUCAAGUACUCCCCACUAUCACACAGGCUACGGGGAUGGUGUCAAACCCUUCCGACCAGGCUAUUAG